AUGCCUAUUCCAAGUCAAGUAGACAUCUUCGAGCCUCAGCCUCCUGAUGAACAGCUGAGCACCACUUCGUCUGUUCCAGGUCAUCAACGGCAUGAUUGGAAUUUCCAACACCAUCCUGAUGGGUCAUACGCAGAAGUCCCUCCGAGAGGUAUACCUUCCAAAAAGCGGAAACGGAAAGUGCCCACGUUACAGCCUGACAAGUGGGAGCCCUAUAAAGCUCGCAUUCUUGAACUUCACGUGAACAAUGGUCUACCCCUGAGCGAGGUGCAACGACUCAUCGAAGCAGAGACAGGUUUUGGUGCCAAUCUACGCCAGUACAGGACACGGAUCAGCCAGUGGGGCUACGACAAAAACGUGAAGCCGAAUGAAAUGAGUGCCAUUGUGAGAAAACAGCAACACAGGAGCUUGAACGAACCGGGGAAAGCACCGCUCCGCUUCAAGAUCAGGGGGAACGUCGUGGAAAAGCCAAAGGUUGAUCGUUGGAUGCAACGCCAUGGUGUUCCUCAAGACUCUUUGUACGCUCCCAGUCCUGAAGCAGCGACACCUUCUGCGCUCAGUUGCUGGACAAUGUCUGAGAGCGGAUCACCCGCUCCGAGUCCCAGCUCUUUUCCAGGUUCUGUUCCACCUACCCAACUGCCCUCCCCGACGGACAUGGCGCCGGUACACCACCAAAUACCACUUGGACCUUUCUCAACCGAAGUCAUCAACCCGUCAAGAAACUCAUUCAUGAGUCAACGCCCGCCACAAUUACUAGAGAAUUACAAAACGUCCACUGACAUGUCAUGUUCGGUCGGGAAAUGGACAAAUCAAGUCGAAGCUCAAGAUGGACUGUUGACACGGAUCCACAGUGAGCAAUCAGGCCUGCAGACAUCACCAGGUAUAACGUCGGGCGUUCUCUACAAAGGCGUGCGGGCGGACUGGACUGUUCAGCGAUCCUCACCAACAGACAAUGGUAACUGGACGAUGGAUGGGAUAUCUGACGAACGGAACGACAGUCCCACAACGACAGAUGGGUCGGAAACGGAGUGUUCGAAUCUCAGACCCCAACCUCCUGCUUCAUCUGCACGCUCUGCCUCCGCAUUAGAAUUUGUGGUCCGCGCCCAUCUUUACCCCACCCCUGGAGAAGACUUGUUGUGCAGAUUUGACGACCAAAUAUGUAGCAUUACUUGCCACAGAGAACGGCCACCUGAAAUCUCGGCGUCACUGCUAUGGUCAUCUGCGCUACGGUGGCCAGCGCUGUUCCGUGGAAUUGCUGCCAUAUCAGAAUUUAACGACUCUCGCGAAGGAACGCAUCUGCGUAGCUUCGCAUUCUCCCAGUUGAAGUUGAGCAUCCAUAUGCUCUUUUCUAAAGUUGACGACAUGCAUUUGGAAGCCGCUUUAGCGACUUCCCUAGUGAUGGCUCAGUGCGACGGAUGGUGCGGCUGCCCCGGAAUGUGCUCCGAACACAUUGAUCUACCUGGCAGAAGACGCUGGCCCAAUACCGCCAUGAAUAUGCAGAAGCAGAGAGUACGGGAGGGAGCAAGGGGACCCCGGCCACUCGAGUUUUGUUGCAGUUCCCACGUUUACUUAGAUGUUAUAAGGAGCCUGAUACCCUUCAGAGUGGGAAAAGUGGGUUAUACGGAGAUCCUCCCAGUCAACCAGUCGGACCGCGCCCGAUUUGCAGUUGAUCCCUUGAUGGGAUGUACUGCCACCCUUUUUCCGCUCAUCAGCGCGACAGCAGCGCUUGUACAGCUAGUGGAGUGCAGACAUCGCUACGCAUGGCCUUUCCCUGGUCGGAGACCAUAUGGCAAUUCCUCUUCUAUUAUCAGCCUAGCCCAGGAUUUGAAGAAUCAACUGGAAGAAUGGUCAGUUCCUUUCGCACCUGAUGUAUUCCAGCACCCCGAGGACUCAGACUGCCGAAUUUACCAUUCGAUUCAGAUGGCUGAAGCUGCUCGACACGCCACGCUGCUUAAUCUACAUCAGGCGGUUCCUGAAGUUCCCGGCGAACCGUCCAUGGUGAUGGCGGGGGAGGUGCUUGGGCGGCUACUGGAUGCUAUGCCCGAGUCAAUUCGUACAUCCUUUAGAGAGAUCUUCCCCUUGUUAGCUGCAGGGGCACUGAUCGAUGCUGAGGACAUCGAAUGGCUGUCGAAGAGGGCGAGCAAUCAUCAUAUCGCGACUUGA